AUGACUGCGAGCGCAUUCACAAAACCACAAGAUGAAGACUGGGACUCUCAACAACACCUCUGGCAGCAGUUUGAGCAAACAGAUGAGCCAGUCGCUGCUGCCGCAGGCGAAGGCCGAGAAGUUUCUCACAGCGCAGACUAUGCGGAAGAGACGCCUCGCAUCUACGACGAUGCGCUGCUGGACGUUGACUACGCAGCUGAUCUGCCUCGAGCAUUGGCGAAAGGAGAAGUAGAUCUUACUGCUCGAUGCCUGUACGCUGCUUCAAGAGCGGACGAUUUGGAGUUUGUCCGCUCGUUACCGGAGAGCACCUUUUCCGAGGUGGUCCGCCUUCUGCAACCAGCGCACCUUAUGGCAGAUCUUGCACAUGCGUAUGUCGAGGUCAGCGAUGCAACGCGCAAAGCCUUCGGCUUGCCCUCCAUGGCCAGCAUUGCGGGGCAGUACUCUCAAAUAGUGUCAGCAAUCGUAUCGAUGCGCCGAAGUGCAGACGUGCCACUUACCUUGGCAGACUACAUCGUCCUUCUUCGAAGUGCGAGAGACCUGGGGAAACCCGAGAUGGCACGAGCAGCAUGGCGCGAUCUCCAUUUAGAUGGCCAUACUCCGAACAUCCAAUGCUACAACUACUAUAUGGCCAGCGAAGUAUUCGGGGAUCUGCACAAUGCCGCUGCAAGGCACAAGACUCGUGUCGUGCCGUUCUUCAUGCUUGCACGACAAAGACCGACAAGAGGCAGCAUGUUCCGAGCGUUUCGCACAGGCUCUGGUGGAAGUAGGGAAGUUGUAACGGAGAUAUUCCGAGACAUGCUGAACAGUGGUGUCAUUGCCAACGAGGAGAGCUUCCGCUUGCUCAUCACUGCAGCAGCGCGCGAGGGCGAGCUGUCGACCGUGAAGUCAACCUUGCGCAAAGUUUGGAAUAUCGACGUCGAUGGUCUACUGGCUGGUAAAGACGAGUCUGAUAUCUUACCCAAAGAGCUCGAGACGGAGUCACCGCUGUAUCCAACACCCAAGCUUCUCUUCACUGUCGCGCAAGCGUUUGCAAUCAACCACGACAUUCCCACCGCCUUACGCUUGGUUGACUUCAUUGCGCGCCACUACAACCUUCCUAUCAACAGAGCGAUCUGGGCUCAGCUCUUUGAGUGGACAUUCGUGCUUGCCGUCCCGCGGACCGGCAUCAAAGCGCGCACGGAUGGCACGCGCCAGGGCAAGCUACCGCAGCAGAGUGUUAUGGAGCUGUGGGACACCAUGACCAGUGCACCCUAUUUCGUGGAACCGACAAUGGGCAUGUACAACCACCUGAUCAAGAAUCUGUUCUACCGAGGAAUGACUUCGGUAAUGCUCGACAAGAUGGCGGAGGGUCUGCAUUUGUACCGUAAGAGUUACGGUGAGGCUAGGGCCCGAUUCGCAGCGCUCAAGGCUGCCGCUAACGUUGACGAGCAAGAAUCAGCCAACGGCUCCGAUUCGCUCGAGAAGCUUGCGUUGCAGUGGAAGGCAGCGGAGGUGAAUCGGAUCCGCAACCGCUUCUGGUGUAAACGUUGGGUGCGCCUUUUGCUCGGCAGCCUGAUGCCGCAGCAUCCUUCCUUUGUGGCCCAAGACUUGAGUCUGCGUGAGAUACCGAGCGUACUUUGGACAUGGCGAAAUCUUCUGCCUUCGAAGGUGCAGUACGAGACCACAGGCGGAAUCAUAGAACUACAGAUGCGAUCCCAGCCGGAGAUCGAUCAAGUCCAGGUCAAAUGGGCCGUUCAUCGGACGCGCAGGGAAGAAACAUUGAAGCGCAUACCGCUGCUGACCAGCGAAGAGUGGUUGAGGAAUCAACGACCUGAUCAUGGACUUCCUGCUCGGCUGGCAGACAAUGCGCGGCUGGUCAACUGGGUGAAGCAGCAGGCAAAGAACCCUAUGACUUCAGAGCGGACCCUUGCGGAAGCUGAGGAGGGCGAAGAGGCAGACAUUGAUGCAGACGAAGACGAAAAUUCCAUGAUCAUGCCUGUCGUAUAG